CCCGCUGCGCCCUGGCCUCCACCUGCAGUAGCAGCGCGCCAACACAAAGCCAAGCUUCAGGUUCCCUCUUUGCCAAGCUCAAGUUCUCGAUCGCACCGUGGCACGCACGCAUCACAGCGCCAACAUGCAGGCCAUGGCAUUCGAUAGUCCUCUUCAUGCGAGGGCUCCUGCCUGUCCCUCCCCAUUCGUUCCCUGAUCCUUUUCGCUUUCUUGCUCUUGCGUCUGCUGUACCUGUACAGCGAUCUCGAAGCUGCCACGACCUCGCGCAACAGUACGCGACACCACGCAACGCUGCUCCUAUCAGCUGCGAACCCCAGCGCCUGCGAUGAGAUGGUGAUUCGUUUGGCGCUCCCGCUGCUUGCGGCCACGGGGGUCCUUGCCAAUCCGAAGCGUGGCCUGGUCUUUGUCCCCAACGAAGAUCACCCCGAGGAUAAUAAAAUAUGGCCAGAAGAUUCGGCCAUCUCCUGGUACUACAACUACGAGUCGCGGCCCUCGCCCGCCUUCGCCGACAUUUCGCAAUCCGACUUUGCCUUUGUGCCGAUGCAAUGGGGCGUCGACGCCAACAACCCGACCGACGAUACCUUUCUACGCAAUGUGGAGGAACAGCUAGACGGCGGGACGAAUAUCACGCACGUGCUUGGCUUCAAUGAGCCCGACGGCACAUUGGAUAUCGGCGGCAGCGACACACUUCCCGAGGUAGCGGCCGAGGCAUGGGUUGUCAACUUUGAGCCCUUGGCCAAGAGAGGCGUCAAACUGGGAUUGCCCGCCUGCACUGGUGGGUGGGAUGGCAUGCCCUGGCUGCGCCAGUUUCUCGGAAAUUGCUCGGAGAUCCUAAGUGACGGCAAGGACGACAAGAAGAACUGCACCUGGGACUUUCUGCCGGUGCAUUGGUACGAUAAUGUCGAGGGUCUAAAAUCACACAUCAACGAGCGCAGGGAGGAGUGGCCCGGUGUCGAGAUAUGGGUGACAGAGUACGCGUACGCGCACAAGAGCCUCGACGAGGUGCAGGAGCACUUUAACACGACGCUUGAGUAUUUUGACGACAGCGAUUUCAUCGGAGGCUAUACGUACUUUGGCGCGUUUCGAAGCGAGGUGUCCAAUGUCGGCCCAGAUGUCACCUUUUUGAACAACGACGGUAAACUCACGGAUGUAGGGAGUUGGUAUAUGGGCCGUAGUGCCACUGGCGUUGAUCCGCAAAGCGGGCGAGGCGAGUCCGUCAUGAUCAGCUGGGCCAUCGUUUUGGGAUCCAUGGGUAUGGUCACUGCGCUGCUCUUGUAGAUGAGGUUUCUGAUGGCGUUUUGGGGCUGCGCUAUACAUAAAGAUCACAUAGAACGCUAGACUUGGACAUAUGUAGCACGAGCGAAAGAAGGAUGGUCAA